AUGGCAACUCAGACAGAUAUUCCACCCAAUCUUACUGAUGAAGACAAAGCUUCUAUAUUUCAAGUUCUUGACGCUGAGUUGAACUCCCUAAUUCUCACCACAUUAUUGCAUGGCAUAUACACUGGCAUUCUUGCUGUUACACUGUGGAAUAUAUUCAUCAAUAAAUGUUCACCAACCCGCCGAGCCCUAGCUGUCAUUAUUAUUCUCCUCCAUGCUUUGACUACUAUCUCUUUCGCUGCCCAAUGGUCAUUUAUAUGCUCCACAUUCAUCCAAAACAGACAAAGUUUUUGGACUGUAUACUUGAAGUUUGAUGCCAUGAACCAUGCAAUCUAUUUGGCAGCAGGUAUUCCAUCCUGCAUGAGUACCAUUCUUGCAGACUCAUAUAUCAUUUGGUGCUGUUGGAUGGUUUGGGGACAGCGCUGGCUUAUUGUCCUGCUUCCAAUCCUUUCCCUAAUUUCUGCAACUGUGUCAAAAAUCAUUAGUGUAUAUCGUCAGUACUUCAAUGCAACAAACUCAGUAUUUCUGAUGCCCUUCUCAUCUCUGGUCCUGGCAACAACAUUAUGGUGCACACUGCUCAUCAUUUUCCGCAUUUUGACUGUUACCAGUGUUAGACAUGGAGGUGGCAGCCAACUGAGAGUUUAUCAUCAAUUUAUUGAAGUGCUAGUGGAAUCCUCUGCUCUCUAUUCAAUAUCUCUGAUCCUAUAUCUGGCUUUUGUCAGUCGCAAUUAUUUUACUGGAUUGCCUUAUUUUGAUGCCAUAGCUGCCAUUGCAAGGGGAGUUGCACCCACAUUUCUUGUUGGCAGAGCAGCUGCAGGACACACACACCCAACUGAAGAACAAGAUGAAAGUGCAACAGUAUCAACCCUUCUUUUCCAAAUGUCUUCACAAUCUUCUCAACCUUCACAACCUUCCACCUCAAGCUUUCUGGAAUCCACAAGGCAGAGUGCAGUCCUUGAAAUGGACAUUGAAGCCCAGACAGAGCAGUUGGAUGAGUUUGUGGUAGUUGUUGAAAGGACACAAUAGAGCUCAUGGCAAAUGUCUGAAAGUCUGGGUGAGACUUUGGGCUUGAUUUAGACUGUAAUUUUUUGUUGUGCUAUC